AUGGAUGGGUCUAAAAUCGAGAUAGUGGACUCAGUAGACUGCGACCGAUCGAUCAACCUCCUAAAAGCUUUCUAUGAAAGACAAAAUCCGUUUGCACCAGAGGAAAAACGGAAAGUAAAGCGAAAACCAUGUGUUGAUGGUAGAGAUAGUGGAGGUCACCGAGACGUACUGUACUAUGUGGUUAGCCUGGGCGUUGUUGCUAUCGGAGUCACUUUUGCUGCGAUCCCUGCCUACAGGAUAUUUUGUGAAAAAACGUCAUUUGGUGGCUUAACUCAGAUCGCGGAAGAUUUCGAAAGAAUUGCGACAAUGAAGAAGGUGGAGGACAGACUUAUUCGAGUUCAAUUCAACUCUGACGUUCCUUCCAGCAUGCAGUGGGAAUUCAAGCCACAACAACACGAGGUUUGCAACAUAUAG